CUCUCGCAUGGCCGACGUGUGCAUACCGUAAUCCGUGGUGUUUCAGAGUGUCACGUAUCAAAUAUCGUCCAUAAUCGCCCGCAUCGGGGUCCACGCCGUCGUCAAUCAGGUAGAACGAGAGCGAGGAAGCCGAGGCGCGGCGAGAGCAGAGAAGGAAAUAACAAGGGAAUAGAAAAGCAACCGACGAGUGGCGAAGACUCAGGGGAAAAAUUCAAGGGGGACAGGUUGGUUAGGCUUGAAUAUAACCACGCGACUCACCACGCGCCGAAAUGUCCAACGAGGAGACCUCCGCCGAUCGCAAUGUCGAGAUCUGGAAGAUCAAGAAGCUCAUCAAGAGUCUGGAGAUGGCCAGGGGAAAUGGCACGAGCAUGAUCUCACUCAUCAUUCCACCCAAGGACCAGAUAUCGAGGGUCAGCAAAAUGCUGGCUGAUGAGUUUGGCACAGCUUCCAAUAUCAAAUCACGUGUAAAUAGAUUGUCGGUGCUGGGGGCCAUCACUUCGGUACAGCAUCGACUUAAAUUGUACACCAAAGUUCCCCCAAAUGGUCUGGUGAUAUACUGCGGGACAAUUGUCACCGAGGAAGGCAAGGAGAAGAAAGUUAACAUUGACUUUGAGCCCUUCAAGCCCAUCAACACGUCCCUCUACUUGUGUGACAACAAGUUUCACACGGAAGCCCUCACGGCGCUAUUAGCCGACGACAACAAGUUUGGAUUUAUCGUUAUGGAUGGUAAUGGAGCCCUGUUUGGUACUCUCCAGGGAAACACGAGGGAGGUGCUUCACAAAUUCACCGUUGAUCUUCCCAAGAAGCACGGAAGAGGAGGUCAGUCAGCCCUUCGUUUCGCUCGAUUGCGCAUGGAGAAGAGACACAAUUACGUUCGAAAAGUAGCUGAAGUAGCCACACAACUCUACAUAACCAACGACAAACCCAACAUUGCUGGUCUCAUUCUGGCUGGUAGUGCAGACUUCAAGACUGAGCUCAGUCAGUCUGACAUGUUUGAUCCUAGAUUGCAAGCGAAAGUUAUUAAACUCGUGGAUGUCUCCUACGGGGGAGAGAAUGGCUUCAAUCAGGCUAUUGAACUUGCUGCUGAGUCCCUGCAGAAUGUCAAGUUCAUUCAGGAAAAGAAACUCAUUGGACGUUAUUUCGAUGAAAUAUCUCAAGACACCGGUAAAUACUGUUUCGGCGUUGAGGAUACCUUGAGAGCGUUAGAAUUAGGCAGUGUAGAGACCCUCAUCUGUUGGGAGAAUCUCGACAUUCAACGGUACGUCCUCAAGAAUCACACGAAUGGUGAAGAGAAGGUGCUGCACCUGACUCCAGAGCAAGAGAAAGACAAGACCCACUUCACCGACAAAGAGAGUGGCGUCGAGUUAGAAUUAGUAGAGUGCCAGCCCCUGCUAGAAUGGCUCGCGAACAACUACAAGAGCUUCGGAGCAACUCUAGAAAUCAUAACGGACAAAUCUCAGGAAGGAUCGCAGUUCGUCAGAGGUUUUGGUGGCAUUGGAGGUAUUUUACGAUACAAAGUCGACUUUCAAAGUAUGCAGUUGGAUGAUAUUGAAAUCGAGAACUUCGAUCUGGACGAUUAUUAAGAUAACUGAGUCGAGAGUUAUUUGGUGAAUUAAUUGAAGAAUGAACAGUCACUGUGGCUUCAGGAUUCAUAUUAUAUUGAUAAUUGAAAGGGUGGAAAACAUUUUAAAACAAAUAAAUAAGAGUCUAAACAAGAGAAGAGGAAUAAUAAAGAGACUACACCACACAUGCAUUACACGUGAACGAAAAAAUUCAGGGAAAGAUGGGGUAAAAUCCAUACUAAAUCGUCAAUAUCUCUGGACUCUACGAGGCGAUUUGGACGAGUCAGGGCUCAUUUUGAGGCCUGCAACAAUACAUGUGAAAGAAAAAAAAUUUUUUUGAAUUUCACUCAGCUAAUCUCGAGAUAUUGGCGAUUGAAAACGGCUGAUUUUACUCCCUCUCGCCUAAAAUAUGGAAAUGAAAAUCUAUGGUUGAUCAAAGGUCUGGUCCUCCGAGAGAACGCUGUAUUUUCCCCUCCAUAAAUCGGUUGAUCACGGUACACAAUUGUAAUAGAAAAUUCAUACUGAUAGAACAUAAUACUGAAUUUUCCACCUAGUGUGGCCAGAUUGCAAAUUAGAAGAAUUUAUAAGAGAGAAUAACGCAGAGUUUUGAACGAAAAAUUGACUUUUUUCUGCUGAGCAAUUGAAAUAAAAGUGAGCCUGUGUGAGCAGCAUUGAGUGAAUGGUACCAGUGUGGGAUGUCAGAAUGAAAUUCACAACAACAAGGCGAAGUUUCCUCCAGUUUACGAUAAUUGGAAUCGGAGCAAUAAAGAAAUAUUCGAAUGGAUUUUUAAGGGCAA